GGCCGCGGCAGCGGGGAGCUGGGAAGCCAGAAGCCCGGAGCGCGGGGCUCAGUCGGGGGGCGGCGGCGGCGGCUCGGGGGAUGGCGGCGGCUGCGCUGCUGCUGCUGCUGCUGUUGCUGCUCGUGCCGGUGCCGCUGCUGCCGCUGCUGGCCCCGGGCCCCGGGGGGGCGCUGGGAAACCGGCACACGGUGUACUGGAACAGCUCCAACCAGCACCUGCGGCGAGAGGGCUACACGGUGCAGGUCAACGUGAACGACUACCUGGACAUCUACUGCCCGCACUACAACAGCUCGGGGCCGGGCGGCGGGGCGGAGCAGUACGUGCUGUACAUGGUGAGCCGCGCCGGCUACCGCUCCUGCAACGCCAGCCAGGGCUUCAAGCGCUGGGAGUGCAACCGGCCGCACGCGUCCCACAGCCCCAUCAAGUUCUCGGAGAAGUUCCAGCGCUACAGCGCCUUCUCUCUGGGCUACGAGUUCCACGCCGGCCACGAGUACUACUACAUCUCCACGCCCACCCACAACCUGCACUGGAAGUGUCUGAGGAUGAAGGUGUUCGUCUGCUGCGCCUCCACAUCGCAUUCCGGGGAGAAGCCGGUCCCCACUCUCCCCCAGUUCACCAUGGGCCCCAAUGUGAAGAUCAACGUGCUGGAAGACUUUGAGGGAGAGAACCCCCAGGUGCCCAAGCUUGAGAAGAGCAUCAGCGGGACCAGCCCCAAGCGGGAACACCUGCCCCUCGCGGUGGGCAUCGCCUUCUUCCUCAUGACACUCUUGGCCUCCUAGCUCUGCUCCCUCCCUUGAUGGGGGCGAUGGGGCGGGGGCGGCCCAGAUAGGGAGACUUUGGCCUCUCCAAGGGAAGCCUAGCCCAGAGGCCGAGACCCUCCUCCAGUGGCUGAAAGUGGGGUCUGCACCAUACAUCUGUGCCCAUCCCUCUGCCCCCUCCCUCCACGUGUCACUGUAGUGGACCAGGCACAGGGAGGCCAUGGGUCCCAGUGGCCUUAUGGCUUGGGUAAUGUUUGGUACCAAACUGGGGGGCCAUAAAAGGUAGUGCUCAGGACUCCCUGACCCCUGGUGCCCUCCUCUUUUGUCCCCCCAGAGAGACAAAUAUGCCCCAAAGAGAGCAAACUGAAGCGUGGGAGACACCCCCACCCCUCUCUUCCAGGGGCAGAACACAGGGAGGGGACUCGAUGGGCGAGGGGGUGGCUUCACCCGCUGCCCCCUUAACCCUGUUUACAGCAAUAAGCAUGUCCUCCUCCCCCCUCCCCACUCCCACCCCCAGGAUUGUGGUUUGGAUGGAAUCCAAGUUUACAAGUAGACACCCCUGGGGGGGGUGGGCAGUGGAAAAGGGUGACAAGGGGUGGGCACUGGGGUGCCAGGCAGGCAUGUACAGCUCUAUAUCUCUAUAUAUAUGUACAGACAGAGUCCCUCCCCUCACCCCCCUGACCUUCCUUGACUUCCCCUUCCAACCCCAGACCCCUUCCCCACCAGGCUAGGCCCCCCACUGGGGGACCCCCUGGCCCCUCUUGUGUCUUCUGUGAAGACAAGACCUAUGCAACGCACAGACACUUUUGGAGACCGUGAGACAACAACGCCCUCCCCCUCCAGCCCUGAGCCAGGACCCAGCUCCCAGGACCUUACUCUGUCCAUCCUCUGUGGUCCCCACCCACCCUCCUGGGCCUUUUUCAAGUGCUUUGGCUGUGACUUUCAUACUCUUGCUCUUAGUCUAAAAAAAUAAACUGGAGAUAAAAAUAAGUGUGUGUGACUUCCAGGGCUCAUGAGCCUUCUGUACACUAGACACAGGGCCUUUGUGGGGGAGGGUAUUGUAGGGCCAACGGGACCACUGCUCACCGUGUUCUAGAACUUACCUUGAGGAGGCAGCUCUGUGCGGAAGGAGCAACAGGGGCUGCCCAGCUGGGCCUGGGUGACUCUGGGCAACGUCUGUGAGCCUCAGGUAUGAGAAAAUCCUGGGUACAGCCCUGGCCGGGUAGCUCCAUUGUUAGAUGCACCAUGCUUUCGGGUUCAGUCCCCCGUCAGGGGACAUACAAGAACCAACCAAUGAAUUCAUUAAGUGGAACAACAAAUCUAUGUUUCUUAAGAAAAAAAAAUCCAUUAAAAAUUAAAGAAAACCUGGGUUAUAAUACAUCUCUCUCCGGGUUAGUGUAAGGAUUAAAUGCAGGAGUAUCAGGCUCAAUCAAUGACGAAUUUCUCCUUUCCACUUCAGGGUGUGAACCUAGAUAGGAAGGAAAUUAUAUCUUUAUUUUUACUCACCUGUAGCUAAAAUUUAACCUUCCCUUAUGUACUCGGGCAACAAGCCACAAUAGUUAACAGUGCCUGUGACUUCAUAACCAACAGAAAUCAUAGAUGUUUUCCGACUGCAUUAUAGUUUUUGGAGAUAUCUCAAAAUAGCAUUUACUCUCCACACUACUUUGAAAUGACAAGGUAGUUAGUUAUUAGACCUUCCUUGUUUUUCCCGUGUUAAUAAAAACCUAUAUAUUACUAUGCCAAAACAAGUAAAUGCUUUGAUAACUGUUUCAAUAUAA